AUGAAGUGUCAGCAAAGAAUAUGGACUACGUCCUACCAAAUUUGCCUGUUCGUUUUCUCGGGUGUGCUGUCUCUGACGGAGAAAGCAACAGUGGUGCUCUGCUUUGGCUACUACAUAUGGAAGGACAACAUGCUGCUAGCAGGGUUUACCAUCGGCCUGGGCUUACCUGGGUUAGCCGUACAAGCGCUCAGUGCGAAGUGGUACAUCACCGACGGAGAGAGACGUAAACCUCUGCUCAUCCUCUUACAUCUACUGCAUCUUGGCAUUUUUAAGAGGUUUUGGGACUGCGUGCAGUCGCUGCGGCAGCUGCAGGUGUGUGGGGAGAAGAGAGGUGUGGUGGUAAUGCAGCAGGCAGACGCGUCUGCUCUCUGUCUGCUCGACGCACUGUUACACAGCCUGCCUCAGUCCUUACUCCAGAGCUGGGUUUUACUCACCACUGACGUGGGUCUUUUAUCGCCAGUCGGUCUCUGCAGUGGGCUGUGUGUCCUGGCCCUGGCUUGGGCCCUGGUGCUGUUCGGCCGGGCCUGUUCUCUGAUACGGCCAGGGCAUGUGCCCAUGCCACCGGUCGCCGUGGUGUGCCUGCUGCUCUGGAGGGUUGGCAUGCUGGGCGCCAGGAUCACCAGCCUGGUGUUCUUCUUCAGAGCUUUCACUUGGUGGACCUGUGGCAUUGUGGGUUUCCACUGGCUGGCAGCGACGUUCUGGUUGGUGUCCCAGCAGACAGACAUCUGCAGAAGCGUUCGGCACUGGCGUCUUUUCAACUGCAUCCUGGGAGCCGUGCACGUCUUCGUGUUCCUCAACGUUAAAGUCGGCCGCUCCAGAUACCGCAUGGCCGCUUUUUACCUGGUCAUGAUGCUGGAGAACACCGUUCUACUUUUGGCCGCAUCCGACGUGUUUAGUGAGGCAUCGUGGGAUAGCAUGAGUGUUCCGACCGCAGUGUUCUGUAGCUUUUCAGUUGGCAUUAUAUCGGUGGUUCUGUUUUAUCACUUCCUCCACCCAAAAUCCACAGAGAUUUCCCAGAAUCCCUGCCUCUGUCAGGCGGAUCAGGACAGCGAUGAGACCGACCCCUCCCGCUGGCCCGAGGAGAAGACCACGCCCGAGUCCUCUGGCCACAGGCACGGCACAUUCUCCAUCACAGGUGUCGUUCCAAUCCAGGACCCAGAGCCCGGUUCUAACUCCAGCUCUGUUCACCCUAGCCUGGAUUGCAAACACCAUCAUUCCCUGCUCAUUCGUUUGGCUCUGAAAACCGGAGACUGGGACAAAAUCUACUCAGCUUAUGAAGGUGGGGGUGUGGCCACCCUUCUGGGCAUGAAUAAUGCAUCAAGCCCCGAAGCCCCAGACCCUGGUGCAGAAGCAAGCGACAAAUCGCCAUUAAACAAAAGAGAGCACAGCAAAGGCAGCGGAUAUCCUCAGAUACCCAGUGAAGACAAACAGGACGAUAAAGCAGACGUCGCAAACGCCAAAGAAUCGUCGGUUUCAGAGCUCAGACGAGACGGUGCGGAAGACCGGUCGGCUCUUGCGGACGGUCCGGCCCAGAACGUCUGCCCCGCGGAGUCAGGCACCACCCUUUACUUCAGUGCAGAACCUGCCUCUCCUCUCAGUGGGAGUAACACAUACCUGGACAGGGACAUGCCUUCGGAAAGCCUGGCCAGACUGAGCCCCAUCAGCAGUGGGCGAGAGCUACACUGGGCUGCCAAAGAGUUUUUGAACAGAGAGCCGUGUUACACAUCUACACCCAAACAGGAGUUCACACACAUGGGCCACGUGGAGCCAAGACCCGGGGCGGCCAGGAGACAGCUGGUUCACUUUAAUUAA